AUGGCUUCAGCCCAUUCCAACAAGAAUGAGAAGACCACGGAGCUGCUCGUAGAGGAGAUCCGCGCUCGCCUUGACUGGAUCGGCGUUGACUUCCGCGAUGAUAAAGCGAAAGAUGGGACCGAGGAAGGGGAAGUCAAGGAGAAGAGGGUGAGGUUGUUGGAUUAUGGGUGUGGGGGAGGGAUGAUAUCUCGUGCACUAGCACCCUACAUCACCCAAGCGGUGGGCAUGGACGUCUCCCCUCACAUGGUGCACGAAUACAACACCUGGUCAGGCUCAAUCAUACCACAGAUGUCCGCGUUCGUGGGAAAUCUUCUCGACCCAGCCGAUCCGUCUCCAACAGCCUUCAAGGCGGAGGAAUUCUGGGGCUUCGACCUUGCUGUUGUCGGGCUCGGGUUCCAUCAAAUCAACGAAACAGUGUCGGGUGCAACCAGGCUUGCUGAGCGCUUGAGGACGGGUGGUGUGCUGUUGAUCCUUGACUUUGUUGUGGAUGAGACGACUGGUGGAGAUGGAGACGGUCAUCAACAUGAUCUCGGGUUUUGGAAGAAGUAUGGACAUGGCAGUGGCGGCGGUGCUGCUACCAAGAGAAGGAAGAAGAGAGGGUUUGGAGAACUGGAAAUAAAAGAGAUAUUUGAGAAUGCGGGUGUGGGAAAGGACUUCGGCUUCGAAGUCAUUGCGAAGGGUGCUGUGUUCGAGACUGCGGGGCAUAGUAUGACUGCAGAUGUCUUCAUGGCGCGUGGGACAAGGAUUUACGGAUUGUAACAGCUGUGGGACAAUGUUUCAUGCCUUUAGGAAAGAAAGAGAGAGUGCUGCUUUAAAUAAGAGUUGCUCGAUCUCAUAUAAUCAUGUAACUGAUCGUCUG